CAUUAGAAUUCAAUGAAAAUAGGGUGGUAAAAUCUGAUUCGAUUGUUUGUUUGCGGUUUUAUACUGAGUCGCUCUUUUUGUUUCUUUGUAUAAAAAGUGCGGUGGAAAUUUUCCCAUAACUUUUUGUAGAGAAGAAACGAAAGAAAUGACAUACUAUAUUGUAAUCGGUGAUAUGAUCAACUUUGGUGUAGAAUAAAAUUCAAGAUUCAACAAAAAGAACUUUGUGUAAAUAAUUUGAGACUGUGCUGUGAUGCAUUUAUACAGGGUCGAGAUGAAGAUAAUUGGGUUAAUAAUGCUUCUCAUAGCUGCUAGUAAUGCAAAGGAAGAUUUGGCUCUAAAGGAAAUAGCUAAAGGAAAUAAUGAAUUCACUGCCAGACUUCAUCAGGAAUUAAUAAAGACAAACACAGGGAACUUCAUAGUAAGUCCGCAGUCCAUCGAAACGAUCAUGGCUCUGACCUCCUUAGGAACAAAAGGCGAAACAGCUACUGAACUCCAGAAAGGUUUAAACCUGCCUUCGGACCCUCAGCAAAUCAAGGACCAGCACCGAGCGUUGCAAAAGUACAUGAUAAACGGUAGAUUUGUAACACUCACUUCGGUGAACAAGGUAUAUGUAGAGAAUGGAUUUGGAAUACAGCCAACAUUCCUAGAAACCGCAACCAAUGAUUUUGGUUCUGGCGUUGAAAAUGUCCAUUUUGGAGAAACUUCAGAGACGGCUACCAAAAUAAACGAAUGGGUGAAGAAUCAAACCAACGAUAAAAUAAAGGAUUUGAUCAGCCCAGAUAUGUUAGACGAAUUGACGAGGAUCGUCCUGGUGAACGCUCUUUAUUUCAAAGGACAAUGGCUGUAUCAAUUCAAGGAAGACGAGACCAAACCUGCUGAUUUUCAUAAAUCGAUAAAUGAAACCAUCCAAGUUGACACCAUGCAGACGACAGGAUUUUUGAGGUUUGCCGAGAAUGAAGAAUUAGGAGCAACAUUUGUUGAGCUUCCAUAUAGAGGAACACCCGCUGUUCUGUCCAUUGUUAUGCCAAAAGAAAUUGGUGGCCUUAGUUCUUUAGAAAAUAACUUACAUACCAUACUGAGAUUCCAGAAUUUCACCAAACAAAACAUCAAAGUAUUCCUACCCAAGUUCAAAGUUGAAUCUUCAUUCAACCUUGUGGAUACCCUACAAAAUUUGGGCGUCAAGAAAUUAUUCAAGAGCAAUGCUGAUUUGAGUGGAAUUUCACUUCAAGAAGGAUUACUAGUUUCUAAAGUUGUCCAGAAAGUAUUUAUGGAUUUAAAUGAGAAAGGAACUGAAGCUGCAGCAGCUACUGCAGUGAUUUCAAUGGCAAGGAGCGCAGGAUAUGGAAGAUUAGUGAGACAUAUAAUCAAAAUUGAUCGUCCAUUCCUGUUUUUCUUGAAACUGAAUGAAGUCGUUCUGUUUGGAGGUAGAAUAAGUGCCUUGUGAUUGGUAGAGUUUGUAAUGAUAUAACUGUGACAUCAGUGUAAAAUGAAAAUAAAUAAUCAAUAAACUAUUGAUCUAA